GCACGUCGCUGAAAAACAGUAAACAUAAUAGCCAUUCUCUCCUUGUUUACAUUGUGCUAAGCUCAGAGUCUUUAUUGUAGCCUCAUAUUGAGCAGACUGGUUUGAGUGGUAUCAGUGAAUAAGCACAUAACCUAUGUCAGGGUCAAUGGUGACGGAUAACAAACCCGCAGGGGUAAACAGAUAAAGCCUGAUGGUGCAGUGCAUGUGUGCUCGUUGAACUGGCUGCUUAAUGCGUAUUUGGGUUUAAUUACCGUCUAUGUUUUCCUCUCUCCAAGUUUCCGGUCAGACGGGCCUGACGUCAGCACUCACUAUGGUGUUUAGACUUCACAUGGCUCCAGCUGUUAACCCCUGAGGGCUCUGGGAUGUGUCUGCCUCUCUCUCUGCCCUUUAAAGGUUGUGCUCAUCAUAAGCAAGAGCAAGAACAGAAACAGCUACAUUCCUCUAUAAACUUCGGGGCUAUGGAUCCCAGUCAUACUUUACAGGAAUCAGACUAUUUUUAAUUGGGAGUUUGUUCCAGCUUCUAAAGUUCAGGUUCACAGCACAGACUGUUACCAGGACUGUUAUGGAGAACACUGCUGAAUUAGGUUUGGGUUACGCUCGAGUCACAGCAUUGUCAGUGGUACGUCUGUAUCUAACUUUUUUUAUAAAGUAUGAUUUUUUUAAAUCUGUUUUGAUCAAGUGUUGUUUUCUUAAUAGGACAGAGAGCUGAGGCCAGAAGAAAUGGAUGAGUUGCGGGACGCUUUCAAAGAGUUUGACAAAGACAAGGACGGGUUCAUCAGCUGCAAAGACCUCGGAAACUGUAUGAGAACGAUGGGAUACAUGCCGACAGAAAUGGAGCUGAUUGAACUGAGCCAGCAGAUAAACAUGAACUUGGGAGGUCAUGUUGACUUUGACGAUUUUGUCGAGUUGAUGGGCCCAAAACUCCUCGCUGAGACUGCAGACAUGAUUGGAAUUAAAGAGUUGAAAGACGCGUUCAGAGAGUUUGACACCAAUGGUGAUGGUGCCAUAAGUACAUCUGAGCUUAGAGAUGCAAUGAGAAAGCUGUUGGGCCAACAGGUGGGUCUCAAGGAAGCAGAAGAUAUCCUGAGGGACGUCGACUUGAACGGUGACGGACUUGUUGACUUUGAAGAGUUUGUGCGAAUGAUGUCUCGCUAGGAUCAUAAAAACGAUCGCACCCGGAUGUGAUGCCGCGUCCUUUUCUGUGCCGGACCGAGUGCAACAGAGGACCAUCUGAGAUCUUCUGAGCCAUCCAAACUUUGAAUGAAAACUGGAAUUAACACCUCCUUGAAUGUUAUGGAGCAAGGGUCACCUCACUUUCAAUCAACAAGUGUUCUUCCUGAGAAGUCUCCAGUUCAUGUGAGGCAAAAGUUGCUGUAGCCUAGCUGAUGAUUGUUCCACUUAGGUUUUUUUGCACUUUAAUUCUCUCUAAACAACUUCCUGUGUGGAUAGAUUGCUAAUGUCUCGUCUCAUCCUCCACACGGCUAAUAUAAGUGUUCCGCAACUUGUCGUGGAACAAAUUGUUUACGACAAAGUCAGGGUGAGCGAGUGAAUGUCUGUAAAAUAUCGCUGCACUGUUGAAAUUAGUAAGUGGAAUGUCUUCUGUGUGACACCGGUGCUCCACCAAGGAACAUAUGUGGCAAUAUCACACCUGUAUUGUAACUGUGUGACCGUCUGUGAUUUCUCACUGUGCCAGUCUGGUUGUCCAGCAGCGACAGAGUAUGUCAUUCCCUGUGGUAUGAGAGAUGACACAGUGAUCAUCUCCAAACUGUCUUUUUACGCUAAAAACCAACACUGCCCUGUCUGAGAACGUUGCGGCAGACGUAAACGUAAUAACAAAGCCACCCAAAGCCGUAGGUGGUUAGCUGUAGACAGGUUCCUAUGGGCCUGACUCAUCGUAGGAACUGUUUCGGUUCCUCAAUCGCCAAGGCAAGGAAGAGUCAUGGAAAGGGUUCGCACAUUUAUUUCCAUCUUGCCAUAUAUCCAGGUUACAUUUCCAUCCAAGCAUCUCUCGGAUCAACAACACAGUAAGGCUACAAUUACUCAAAACUUGCAAUGGUAAGAAAAAGAAAAAGAACAACCAGCAGCUGGUUCCAUGUCCUUCAUCAUGGAACAGUGUAUGGCAACUUUGAUGCUACCACCCUCAUGUUGGUGGGGGUGUCCAGCUCGUCCAUGAGUUCAACAUCCUCCAUGGUGUUGCAACAGCUCAAGAGAAAUAACGAGAAGGCACUGAGAGCUUUUCCAUCUUUCCACUUAUGUGUCUUUUCUAUUAAAGCCGAAGCAAUGACAACCUCAUUUCCAUAAUGUUCAUUCAGGAGUUUCAGUGCGCGGUCAUAUCCACGACGUGCUGGCAUGUGCUGCCCCGUGUGUAUUGUUCCAAAAAGUACCCUUUGUCCACAUCGUCGAAAGUGUGAGUGAACGCCUCCAAAAAGGGUCGGAAUUCGAGUGGAUCGCGGACUCGUCAUAGGUACUGUUUCGGUUCCUCAAUCACCAAUGCAAGGAGGAGCUUGCACCAAGCCUCUCUCGGAUCAACAACACAGAGAUAUUCCAGGUUGUGAACGACGAUCUAUAGAUUUAACAGCAACAUACCGUUCAAGAAACCUUUUUACACCAAAUCCAACACAGCUUCUAUUCUCCAGUACACAUCUACCGAUCCCUCUGUCUAUCAUAGCUGUCAAAGGCUUCAAAGUUUCCACUUUAAGUUUAAUAGCGUCAAAGGUCCACAGAGCCACGUUCCUCUCGGAUUACGACUUCACAACUGUUCACAAAUAACGCUGUAAACAAGUAAAUUAACCAUUUUAAACUACAAUGACCUCAACACUGCACUCCUACAGAGAACAGCAUACCACAGGAAUGACAUAUGUGAACUGUACUGACUGUGGCUGUAAUAAUGUUGUACCCCCUGUACUAUACUGUAUGUCGGUGUCAAUAUGAAUCUGAAGUUGUGGGAAUAUUCCACCGAUUUGUGUUGUCGAAGAAAUUUCAUGCAUGCCAAAGAGAGAGAUAUUUAAUACAAUUAGUAUGCACCUUUAUUUUUAUUUUUUUUGUCUAACAAAGUCAACUAUUUCGCCAAGAUAACUGUAGGAAAAUAAUAACAAUAAUAAUAAUAAUAAUAAUAAAAAUAAAGUGUUUACAUUCAAUUCCCUCUUUUCCUGUCGAGAAAAAGACAAAUCCAAUAGCAAUACAGUUUCGCCUUGGUUAUUCAGAUGUUGGAUAAACAUUUACUCAAACA